GCUGGAAAUUUGGUGUAUGUGUGAGCAAGCGUAGGCGCUAAGGCACAGCACAUCCCCCUGGGAGAGCCAGGCAGCCACAAUGGACGACAGCAGCAGUGGACGCACCUCAUUGGCUGAUACCGCCAGCUUGGCAACACCUUCGCUUCAGAGCGGAAGCUCAAGUCAAAAUAUUGAUAACGAUGGCCUCAUACACAUCUACAAUUACCGCAAGCACGACUACGAGAAAUACUCGCCAUCACUACUCUGCGAGGAGAUAUGUACGGCAAUGUGCCGCCAUAUGGAAAUCCUACCCGCAGCGGUCCUCCUCUUUGGUAUACGAGAGCACAAAAAUGGUAAAACUGGUGCCGGCCUCACGCCGCGCACCCUGGAGGCCAAUCACAAUUGGCAACUGCCCGGCGAGCAAUUGAAUUGUAUUGUUCGCUAUUGUCUCCGGAUGCGUUUCCGUGUCCCGGAACUGGAUCGUCAGCUGUCGGCAAUUGAUGCACAGUGCCAAAAUUAUUUGUAUCAUCAGAUGCGAUACGAUAUGCUGCACGAACAGAUUAACGAGAUACGCUAUCCGGAGCAUAAGGAUAAGGUGAUGGGACUGGCCGUCAUGGACAUGAUAAUCGACAAGGAUGAGAAGCAGCUGCAGGCCGAGGCCAUCGAGAAGGCGUAUAAAUCGUAUCUGCCGCACACCUUGUGGCGCGCCCAUCGCAUCUUUGUACGGCCGAAAAUACGCCGAUCCUUUCGCCAGAUGAGCAGAGAUCAGUUUAAUUGCGAUACCCUCAAAUGGCAUUAUGUCCAUCAAAUUUGCCACCUGGCGCCCACUUAUCUCACCGAACAAUUUAAGGCCACCGUCGAGUAUUUGCCAAAUGAAUCGGCAACGGAACCAUUAUCUUUGCCGCACGGCAAAAGCACCGGCAGCAUCGGUGGAAGUUCAGCACGUACACAAUCCACCUCACCGCUUAUCAGUGGCUCCAAUACAACGCUCUUUACAACGAUGACAGGCAACCACUCGCAAUGCCCGGGUCAACAGCAACCACAACAACCAGACCAGCUUCAUCAACAACAACAACAACAGCAUCCGCAUCAGACACAGUCCAGCAAUCGGAAUCGACCCAUACCGCAGCAGCCGAACACGAUACCAGUCUAUGUGCGUCUUUGUUUCCAUGAUUCACCCGAGCCGGGCCUCAAAGUGGCCCGCGUCACAUCUGAGGCAACACUUAAGUGGAGUCUUGUGGCCAUUGUUGAAGACAUAUUCUCGCUGUACAAGGAAAGCGAUAAACUGGUGCGCUUGGAGAGUGUUGGCUUCCCCAAGGGUUAUCACAUGCGCUUCGAAACCGAGCACGAAAUGAAAUCAUUCAUAUCCUAUCUGAGCAUUUAUACCAGAUUGACGGUGAAAUGGAUGCAGGACUUGUGUCCGUCUUACAAGACACCAUCACUGCAGGAACUGGAGCGUUUAUAUUGUCAUGGGCCCAUUGGUGGUGGAUACUCCUUUGGGAAACUGCGCGAGAAUGGCGAUAAAUGCGGCAGUUAUAUAGUGAGGCAGUGCGAGCGAGAGUAUAACACAUACUAUAUUGACAUCAAUACAAAAAUCGUGGCGAAAAACAGCAAUCAUGAGAGAUGCCAUACGGAAACAUUUAAGAUCAUACAAAAUGAUCAACAAUGGAAGCUGGCCUAUCAAGGCGAAGAGCGGACCUUUGAUAAGCUGCCAGAGCUGGCGCAAUUUAUACGCACAGAUAGCACGGAUCGUAUACGAAUACCGGCUUCCAAAUACGAUAAACCGUCGUUGUUGCUGCUCCUUUUGCCAAAAAAUUUGAAAUCCAAAAAGACUGAUGCGGAAUUGAGUGAAGCCGAAUUACAAAGACGUAAUCCUCAGUUAUUCAUUCCCAAAUCCGACCUGCGAUGGUAUCCAGACUCGGUGACUUCCAGCGAUGAUGACAAGGUGUACACAGUGAGAGGGGACUGGAUACAGCAGGGCACAAUUAAGGAUGUGCCUGUAACAAUGAAAAUGCUGCGAUAUGAUGCGAAUUUUCAGGAAUUUACGAAAAUGGUGAACACAUGGAGUCUGAUACAGUCACCACAAUUUAUAAAAUUGCAUGGGCUUACACUAUCCGUUCCAUAUAUGAUGGUAUUGGAGUACUCGAAAUAUGGGCCGCUUAAUAAAUUCCUACAGAAUCAUCAUCACAUCAGCAUGUUCUGUCUGCUGGACGUGAUGCAUGGCCUGGUGCGUGGCAUCCACUAUCUGGAUGAUAAUAAAAUAAUACACAACUAUAUACGCUGUGCGAAUCUGCAUGUUACCAAAUACGAUCCCGACAAGUAUGUACUAGAUGCCAAAAUUAGUGAUCCCGGCUAUCCACGUCCCUACAAGCUAUCCGACUCACCUUGGAUACCUGUAAAGUAUUAUAAUAACUUGGAGGCAGCAAAACACGACUCUAGCACACAAUUGUGGGCAUUUGCGACCACCAUUUAUGAGAUCUUCUCACGCGGUGAGCUUGACUUAACUCAAAUGAAACAAUGCGAUCUUUUGCGCAAUCGUUCCAUCGAUGGCAACAUACUCAAGCAGCUGGAUCAGCGCUUAUGCCCAAGUGAAAUGUACAAAGCUAUUAUGGACGGCUGGGGCGAUGAUCCUGACAAACGGUUCAAUCACCACGAUAUAUUUACACACUUGAGUGAUAUCAAAAAACGCUUACUUAGAGACUACGCGCCUAUAGAUGAACUACCCGACUAUCCCGAUUAUCCUCAUUGCAAUGGGCUACCAAGACAAGAUCCAGUCGACGACGCAUCUCUGUGUUAUGGUGUGAGCGGUGAAUUCUUUCCAAAUUCGCUUGAUCUGCCGCAGGUGAUGCCGCUGGAAGACUGCAAGGUUAUAUAUCUUGAGAAGGACAAGAUUGGUCAUGGGCAUUACGGCACCGUAUAUAAGGGCGAAAUCGAAUAUUAUGAUAAGGAUCGUCCCAAAGAGCAGGUGGCCAUUAAGAAGCUAAAGCCCAUGCAGGUCACCAAAGACUUUGAGCGCGAAAUGAGUAUCAUGCGCAAACUCGAUCAUCCUAAUGUUGUCAAGUUUAAAUACUGGGCGGAAAGGUCGCUGAGCAUCAUCAUGGAAUACUUUGAAUUUGGCUCAUUUGUCGUAUACUUGAAGUCCUACAAACCAACUCUCACCAAUACUCGGCUACUCAAUUUUGCCCUAGACAUAGCCCGCGGUAUGAACUAUUUGUCCGGCAAGGGUCUCAUACAUCGUGACCUGGCUGCCCGCAACGUUCUAGUCGAUCGUUCAUGUGUAAAAAUCUCAGAUUUUGGCCUGUCCCAGUUUGCCAAUGCCGAUGGCUAUUACAUUGGCGUCAGUGCGCGCGACAUACCAAUUAAAUGGUUCUCGCCGGAGGCCAUUGAAACCUGCAAAUUCUCAUCAUAUUCGGAUGUGUGGAGUUAUGGCGUAACGCUCUUUGAAAUGUUCUCACGCGGCGAAGAUCCAUGUUUAUUGCCAGGCCACGAAUUGACAUCGGACGAGUUUCUCAAGCGCCUGCGCCAGGGUGAAAGAUUACCAAAGCCGGAAUUAUGCUCAGACUUUGUAUACAACGACCUUAUGCGACCCUGUUUCCAUGAAACGCCCAAAUCUCGUCCAACAUUUCAACAAAUUAUACAAAUCAUAACACGAGAGAUGGGAGAUAAUGUUGCUGUUACUGCGGGAAGUUCACAACAACAACAGCAGCAGCAACAGCUGCAGCAACAAAUGCCACAGUUGCUAAACAGGAGCAUAUCGUGCGACGAUGAAUUAUAUGAAUAAUAUUUGACUAAUCGCAUUUAGCAGCAGCAGCAGUAUCAGUGAAACGCAACAUUAAUGGCGAAAUUAGAAAGCGAGCACAUAAAACACCAAGACCAAAAACACAAAUUGGUCAUUUUUUUUAGGCAGGUCGGGUAAAGAUGACAGCAACAGAAGAAUUGCAUUGUUGAUGUUUUAUUAUUUUAAGUUGUUAUUCUUUAUAUCUUAGCCACUAACUAAUACACAUACGUUUUAAACGCAACCAGGUAUCGCUUGGAAUUAAACUGACUUAUCUAGAUCCUUUCCCCCCCUCUCUCUCUCUCUCUCUCGCAACCCUCCUCUGCCUAAAUCACUAUCGAAAUUUCACUUUUAUAAUAAUAUAUGUAUAUAUAUAUAUAUAUAUUUGAAUAUGUUCAAUUGCUUUAACGAAUCGCAAUCAGAUCCUCCUUAAAAUCUCUUUUUAGUUUGUUAUAACUUUUAGACAACAUUGUUGAAUAUUGCUUAGCCUUGAUAUAUAUGUAUGUAUAUAGUAUGUUUGUUAUUCAAAAUGUGAAUACAUGUGAAUCAUGCACGACGAUGCGCAGGCACUUACGUAUAUAUGCUGAAUCCUAAUCAAGCGAAUCAAUUAAUCGUUUUUAUGUAAAGCUGAAACGAAAACUAUAGUUGUAAUGCUAAUGUAUAUGUAUAUUAUGUAAAAGAAUUAA